AUGGCGCGGCGAUAUGAUAGCAGGACGACAAUAUUCAGCCCAGAGGGCCGGCUAUACCAAGUAGAGUAUGCCAUGGAGGCCAUCUCCAAUGCCGGCUCCUGCGUGGGCAUCCUAGCAAAGGACGGCGUGGUGCUGGCGGCAGAGAAGCGCAUCACCAGCAAGCUGCUGGACACGCAGGCUGUGGGGGUGCGGCGGGAGAAGAUGUAUCGGCUGGACGAUCACAUCGCGUGCGCGGUGGCGGGCAUCACCGCCGACGCAAACAUCCUGGUCAACACGUGCCGCCUGCAGGCUCAGCGACACCUCUUCACCUACCAGGAGCCCAUGCCCGUGGACCAGCUGGUGCGGGGGCUGUGCGACACCAAGCAGGGCUACACGCAGUACGGCGGCCUGCGCCCCUUUGGUGUCUCCCUGCUCUACGCGGGCUGGGACAAGCAGCGCGGCUUCCAGCUGUACCAGAGCGACCCCAGCGGCAACUACGGCGGCUGGAAGGCGACCGCCAUUGGCGCCAACCACCAGGCCGCCACCAAUGUGCUGCAGGGAGACUACAAGGACGAGCUGAGCCUGGAGGAGGCCACCAAGCUGGUGAUCAAGGUGCUGAGCAAGACGAUGGACAGCACAACGCUGAGCCCAGACAAGGUGGAGCUCAUCACGUUGUCACGGGACGACGAGGCGGGCAAGGUGUGCGCAUGCAUGGCUGGGGCGGGUCGUGGGGCCGCCUCGCCAUGCGUCUGCAUCUGUGGCUGA